UAUUAAACAGAAGGACAAACAAUUAUGCUUUAAAAAUAUUUCUUUGUCGUUAUUCACUCAGUAGUGUACACAAGUCUGUAAAUAAACAUUGACAAGAAUAAUUAAAUUAACAAAAUGCGAGUGCUUAUCAUUUUACUUGCGAUUUAUUCGGUGUUAGGUGACGAUGAGUGCAAAAGGCCAACAGAGUUGAAAGCAAAAGAAGAGUACUGCUGGCAUGAAGAGGUUGAAGUGGUGGACAAGAUAGUUCAAACCUCAAAAAACGUACUCAACUUUGCAAAGAAGAAAUUGGGGAUAGCCGUAGAUGGAGAUGGUAAUGAAAAACAGAAAUGUGAAUACUACUUGUGCAUUUUACGGCAAUUGCACAUGCUAAGCGCUAAUGAUUACCCUGCCUGCGAAGAAAUACGAAAAUGGGCAAAAAACAAUGUAAUAUACAACCAAGCCAUUGAUUUCAUUGGACGGUUGGAAAUAUGCUACGACGCUCUUAACAACAAAACACUGAGUGAAGUCUACUUCUAUGCGGAUCAAGUGGACAAGGACGAAUCACAGGAAAAUCCUGAAAGCACAACUGAAAAACCAGCUGAUGAUUCAGACGCAAGUAAGCCACAAAGUGCUUGCGAUAUUGCGUCCGAGUUUAUCAAAUGCCUGUCACGACAAAAAGAGUGUCCAGUCUUCGAGUUCCCUUGAAAACAAGAGCUUUAUUUUUACACUUUCUCAAUUAAAACUGAUUUUUUAAUAAAAAUAGUGCCUUGA